AUGAGUCCAUCGUCAAAAAACAAGAAUCCGAAAAAUAAACCUUCAAAAACUGCAAAUAAUGGAAACAAAAUUUCUAAUUACAUCCAGAGAACGAACAAUAAUACAUUGCCAGACAAGAAGGACAGCGUAUCAGAACCAUUCUCAGUGAACGACAUACAAAUGGGAAGUAACGAAGUUCCUCUCAUGGUUAAAUUUGUAUUUAAGUGUGUACGUACAGCUCAAGCUUUGAUGUCACUUUUAACUAAUCAAAAAAGUGUAAUUCCAUCUGAUAGCAGAAGUAUAAGUGAUUUCUCAUUUGAUCCAUUAAAUCCAUCUGUUAGAGGUUUAAAUAAAACUAGUACAAGGAAUGAAACCGAUUCGACAGUCAUUCCUGAAAUAACUACGGAAGUAGAAACUGCAACUGUUAAUGAGGACUAUGAUACAGAACAGCCAAUUGAAGAUGAAUUUAAUGAAAUUCCAGUAGAAGAUGAAGUAGAAGAAUCUGCGGACGAAAAUGUUGAAGGAGAAAUAGAAGAACCUGCGGAGGAAAAUGUUGAAGGAGAAAUAGAAGAACCCGUCGACGAUAAUGUUGAAGGAGAAAUAGAAGAACCUGCGGAGGAAAAUUUUGAAGGAGAAAUAGAAGAACCCGUCGACGAUAAUGUUGAAGGAGAAACUGAACCUGAUGAAACCACCACAACAGAUCAACCAGAUGAAACCAACACAACAGUCGAACCAGAUGAAUAG